AUGGCCUCUACUGUCUCCACACCGCAUCGAUCAAGCCUCUCCUUGGCUUACAGUCUUAAUCAUAGUCGCGGUGACCUUAAAGGGGAACGCAAGGUUAAGGCCCCGCGGCUCAGGGAUUGGAAUAGGCCAACCCGUACUAUCUCUGUUAGCACCAUCCCUCCAAUUGAUAGUGGAGCAUGGCAAAGGCUAACUAGGUUUCAGCGUCGCUUCUACGAGUGGCUCGUCUUUAUCUCCAUCCAAAAUCUGAAGACUGUAGAAGAGUUCUGGGUUCUGAAAAUGUGUGAAGGACCCCAGACCUCAGGAAACGUAGAUCAAGUACUAAUCAGGAAACUUAUUCUCGAUUCCACCGGAAUUGUGAGCAAUAAUGUGCCUCGCCUUUAUCUUUCCUAUUUUCUUGACAAUGUUGCCAAACUGUCUUAG